CAUCAGCUCUUCUGAAAACCCUCCCAUUCUGUUUCGCCAUUCUCGUAGUAUUAUUAUUGACUCCCCUUCAAAUUGCUUCGGCCUGUUACACAUCCAUCUAUGCCUUUGGUGAUUCUCUCUCAGAUGCUGGAAAUUACAUCCACAUUUAUCAACAAAUGUUUCCAGGGACCCAUAAACUUCCCCGCUAAGCCUCACCCCCUUAUGGAGAGACCUACUUUCAUCAUCCCACUGGUCGAACUUCUGACGGUCGAACAAUCAUAGACUUCAUGGCUGAGUAUUAUGGGCUUCCACUCAUACCACCAUAUAUUAGGGGCGUGAACCAAAGUAGCUCAAACUUUGGUGCCGGCAUCAAUUUUGCAGUUGUGGGAGCUCCAGCACUUGAUGUUGGUUUUUAUGAAGAAAGAGGAAUCCAUUUUACUACGUCUAAUAUCUCCAUGAGAACUCAACUGAGCUGGUUCAAAGGAGUACUGCCCUCUCUUUGUAGAUCAUCAAGCUGUAGGGAACUUUUUAAUAGCUCACUGAUUGUUAUGGGACCUUUCGGUGGCAACGACUAUGGCCAUUCCUUCCUUCAAGGAAGAAGUUUGGAGGAGACAAAAACUUUGGUUCCUCUGGUUAUUAAUGCCAUUAGCAUUUCUAUUCAAGAAUUGAUCAAUCUUGGAGUGAAGAACAUCAUGGUUCCAGGAUUGGUGCCAGAUGGAUGUAUGCCAAUUUCGUUAACAAUGUUCAAGGGCUAUAAGAAAGAAGAUUAUGAUCCAAUAACAGGUUGUCUCAUUUGGUUAAACGAUUUCUCCAAGUAUCACAAUGAACUACUUCAAGCAGAGUUAACUCGAAUUCGGCAAAGGCAUCGUAAUGCAGUAGUAAUGUAUGCCAAUUAUUACGAUGCUCUCAUCCAGCUUUAUCUCUCUCCAGAGCAACAUGGGUUUGGGGGAGAACCUCUAAUGGCCUGCUGUGGUGCGGGAGGCAUCCCCUACAAUUAUGACUCCGAUGCUGUGUGUGGCGACCCGCCCUCGACAGCUUGUGCUCAGCCAUCUUUAUCUAUCAGCUGGGAUGGGGCUCACUGUACUGAAGCUGCAAACAAAUUUAUCACCAAAAGUUUAGUAGAAGGGCCGUACACCGCUCCUCACAUCAACUCUUCUUGCAGUUUAAUUACCGAGGAAUCCGGACAUUCUUCAGCAGCCACUGCUACCACGAGAUAA